AUGACCCUCAAAGACCACCUCCAUCUUCGCGGUUCUGUCUCCCACCAUGACGACGAUAAAGACAAAGACAAAGACCCUAAAGACCCUCAAGCGGAACCCGAGUCUACAGCUAGAAAGCUGUUCCGACGAUUAAAGUCCGGUGGGAGGUCCUCAGAUGAAGAUAGUGGCGAUGAGGGAACUUCAAAACAACAUCGAUCGGACUCUGAAGCCGAGCUGAUCAUCGAACUCCCUCCUGCUGCAGACUUUCAUGUCCACUUGAGAGAUGGAUCGAUGAUGGAAACUGUUACACCGACUAUUGAGAAUGGUGGCGUCAAUUUGGUCUAUGUCAUGCCAAACCUCGUCCCCCCAAUUACAGAACCCUCUGCCGCUCUCUCCUAUAUGUCAAAACUUCAAGCCCUCUCUCCCAAAACCACCUUUCUCGCAACCCUCUACCUCCAUCCUUCAAUAACUCCAGCCACAAUCGCAGAGGCAGCGGCAUCCGGCAUCGUUGGUGUAAAAUCCUACCCAAGAGGUCUAACUACAAACUCCGAUUCCGGCGUCCUAUCCUACGAAUCAUUCUAUCCAGUGUUCCAAGCCAUGUCAGACCACGAUAUAGUUCUAAACCUCCACGGAGAAUGUCCAUCGACACCUGCCGAGGAUGUAGCAGGGAUAGAAGACGAGGAUAUAACAAUCCUAAACGCCGAAGCGAAGUUCUUACCAACUUUACUAUCUAUCCAUCAGAAAUUUCCAAAACUAAGGAUAGUUUUGGAACAUUGUACCACUGCUGCCGCUGUUGAGGCUGUUAGAGCUUGUGGGCCUACCGUUGCUGGAACAAUUACUGCGCAUCAUUUGUUUUUGACAAUAGAUAAUUGGGCAGAUGAUCCGUUUUGCUUUUGUAAGCCCGUCGCGAAGUUACCAGCUGACAGAGCGGCAUUGCUUGCCGCUGCUAGCAGCGGGGAUCCCAAAUUCUUCUUGGGGACGGAUUCAGCACCACAUCCAAAGCCGGCAAAACAGGGCAGGUCGGGGAAUAAUAAGACGGUGGCGGGAGUAUUUACACAACCUUAUGCUGUUCAAUUGGUCGCUGAAGCAUUUGAUAAGGUUGGGAAGGCAGAUAAAGAGACGCUGGAAGGAUUCUGUUGCAGAUUCGGAAGGGAGUUCUAUAAGGUGAAGGAGAAGGGAAUUGAAGUUGAAGGGAAGGAUAAGAGGACGAUUGUAUUGAUGAAGGGACUUGGGGAGAAGGCUAUUAAGGAGGUUGGAACUGGAGAUGGAGCUGUUGUGCCAUUCAGAGCAGGUGAGGAGGUGUGGAGUUUGAAGUGGAGGGACUAA